AUGAGCUGGUGCAGGGGCAUCAAGGGGCCGCACACGUCUUGCAGCAGCUGUGGCUUGCCCUCGGGCAUACACGUCAGUGAAAACGCGGUAAAGAAGCUCAACUUCACCAGAUUCACCACGGCGCGCUUGCACUCCUCGUGCGUGUACGGGACAACCUUCGCCGCCUCGUCCCCCGGCACGAGCACCUUGCAGGGACACUUGGGGCAGUGCUUCGCCGGCAGGCGCAGCUGCCAUGACCUUGGAUUUCCUCCCCGAUGGAAAAACGAUCGUGAGCCAUCCCCUGCACGGCAGCAAUGCAAGCCGUCCUAG